GCCAAUUUUCUGCCGGUCUUGGAUUCUUUGAUUUUGCCUAACAAAAUUCAUUGACAAUGACGACUGGUGAAAAUUCUGUGCAGAGCAAGAAAUCUAUUCCUGAUCUUGCUCCUGUGGAAGCAGUAUUGUUUGAUGUUGAUGGAACUUUAUGUGAUUCAGAUCCUCUCCACCAUUAUGCCUUUCGCGAAAUGCUCCAAGAGAUUGGUUUCAAUAAUGGAGUUCCAAUCGAUGAAGAAUUCUUUGUCAAAAAUAUUGCAGGGAAGCACAAUCAUGAUAUUGCUAUGCUUCUCUUCCCUGAUGAUAUACCAAAGGGCACAAAGUUCGUGGAAGAUAAGGAAGCAAUGUUUCGGAGGUUGGCCUCAGAAAACUUACCACCUGUAAAGGGCCUGUACAAAUUAACGAAAUGGAUUGAAGAUCGUGGGUUGAAGCGAGCAGCUGUUACAAAUGCUCCAAAACCGAAUGCUGAGCUCAUGAUCUCAAAACUUGGUCUCAAAGAUUUUUUUGAUGUUGUGAUUUUAGGAAGUGAUUGCGAGCAUGCCAAACCAUACCCAGACCCAUACUUGAAGGCACUUGAAGCACUGAAUGUGUCAAAGGAUCACACAUUUGUGUGUGAGGACUCUGUAUCAGGGAUAAGAGCAGGAGUUGCAGCUGGAAUGCCUGUUGUGGGGUUAACUACCAGAAAUCCUGAAAAUCUGCUUAUGGAAGCAGAUCCUACUAUUCUCAUAAAGGAUUAUGAGGAUCCAAAGUUAUGGGCGGCCUUAGAGGAGCUUGAUAAGAGAGGAGGUUCUUUUAAAACAGCAGCUUGAAUUCCAUAGAAAUUUAGAACUUUAUUCGAAUAAACUGUGCAGGCACUCUCAUGCCCUCACAUGUACCACGUAAUAUUCGAAGAGCAUUGGCUGUAUAUAUCUAUACUCAUUUUAAUCACCAGUCAAUGAUGAGGUUAAUUACUUUCG